UGGUAAUUGAUGAUGACAUUUUGUUUUUCUACAUCAGAAGAGUUGGUAAAAGAAGGGUACUGUAAAGCUAGAAAAUGUUUGCCACUCCCCAUUGUGUAGAUAUAUAGCUUCCAUCUCUCGUUCAGAUGUUUGAGAGGGCCUCAGUUGGAUUUAUCAUAGUCUUUGAGUUCUAAUCAUAGUUUAUAUUUUACACUUUUUUAUAUUAAAUCUUAAAUGAUAUUUGGAGAAAAAGUUGAGCUGUGAAAUUUGAAGAGUUACUUACUCAGUUACAUUUUACAAAGAUCUAAAAAAAAGCUUCAUUUUUUCUCCAUGUCCAUGGAAGAAUUAGCAAGAAGCCAUGAUUGGAAGCACCAAGUUCUGGUUUUAGCCUUCCCCUUUGGCAGCCACCCUUGUAGUCUUCUCGGUCUCGUCCGACGACUGGCCAGCGACGCUCCCGACGUGAAAUUCUCCUUUUUCAACACAGCAACUUCCAAUGCCGCCAUUUUCAACGAUGGGCGCCGAAACGACAACGUUUUCCCUUACAGCGUUAGCGAUGGUCUGCCGGAGGGAUACGUGAGGAGAUGGGGAGUGCCGGAGGAGCCGGUCGAGCUUUUCUUGAAGGCGGCAUGUGGGAAUUUUAGGGAGGCGAUUACGGCGGAGGUGGCGGGGGUGGAGGUUGGAGGGGUGGUGAGUGACGCAUUUUUGUGGUUUGCCGGUGAGAUAGCGGCGGAAAUGGAGGUGGCUUGGGUUCCGGUAUGGAUUGCUGGGCUAAGGAGCCUCGUUGUUCAUCUUCACACCGAUUUGUUCCGUCAAAAUCUGGCGGAUUCAGGACAUGAUGAAGAGAAAGUCAUCAACUUCCUCCCAGGCUUUUCAAAUAUCCGUAACAUUGACUUGCCCCAUGAAGGGAUUCAUGCAGACUUAGAAUCACCGAUUACAACCAUGUUAUAUAAAAUGGAAUUACAUCUCCCCAAAGCUUCCGUUGUCGUCGUAAAUAGCUUCAAAGAAACUGAGCCCGUGAUGUUUGAUCUACUCAAACCAAAGCUUCGAGAACUUCUUACCAUCGCACCAAUUAACCUAACAUCACCGACGAAAUCAAUUAUCAAUGACGAGUAUGGAUGCCUCGAAUGGUUGGACAAGGAGAAGCCUAACUCCAUAGCAUACAUAUGCUUUGGUACAUUUGUAGCACUCCCACCUCACGAGUUAGAGGCUUUGGCAGAGGCACUAGUUGAGAGCGGAGUUCGGUUUCUAUGGUCAUUCAGAGGCAACCCUGAGGAAAGCUUCUCCGAGGACGUUCUUCAAACAUUUGAUGUGCAAGGAAAAUUGGUGCCAUGGGCUCCCCAAACAAGAGUGUUGGCACAUCCUUCAGUUGGGGUUUAUAUAAGUCAUUGUGGAUGGAACUCUGUUUUGGAGGCUAUAAUGGAAGGUGUGCCUAUGAUAUGUAGGCCCUUUGUUGGUGACAAUGGCCUUAAUGUUAGGACAAUUGGAUGUGAGUGGAAGGUUGGCUUAGGACUUCCAAAUGGAAUAUUUACAAAGGAUGGAGUAAUGAAGGCUAUGGAGACAAUCUUAGACCCUUACAAAGGGGACCAAAUAAGAAGCAAUCUUAAAGCUCUUAAGCAUUUGGCUUUCAAAGCUAAUGAACCUGAGGGUAGUUCAACUAAGAACUUCAAUUCUUUGAGAAAGUUACUCACAAAGUAGUUACCUAGCUAUACCCUUUUUAAUUUCUUGUCAUUAGCAUAAUUUGUGUUGUUCUCAUUCUAAUAUUGUUUUAGUUAUAUAUUUGAUUAUCAUCUUACUUUA